CGCUUUCCUGCAUGACAACCUGCAAACCAACCCACCAUGGCGGAUCUCCUCGAGGACAAUAGCCUUGUGGAACCUGUAGCUCCUCCAAAGAAGCGAUCACUGUUCAAUAAAGUCGCGCUUCAAAAAGCCUCCGAGGCGGAUGAGGCUAUCGAGUUCUUCAGCCGCGCGAAAGAAAUAUACCCUCAACGAUUGGCAGAAGAGGAACGCAGACGUCAGAAAAAGAUUGUGAAAUCGGAGCGCAAAAGAUCGUCUACAAGUGCGGAAAUAAAGGAGCCCACUUCCCCGGGUGGAAAGAAGAGGAAGGGUUCUUCGCAAAGAGAGCCCCAUGAGAGGCACUCUUCCGAGAGCGCUGGAGAGCUGGGCCAAGAUCAGGAACGCUCGUGGAAUCGGAGGGCCUCAUCACAUUCUACGUCGAAUAGUUCCCGUCGCAAGCCGCAGUCGAGCCCUUCGCAGCAAAAGAUCCAAACUCCCCCGACAUCUCUUUCAGCAAGAUACAGCAAAGAUCUGCAGGCUGAGGAAAUACCACCUUCUAAGAAAGACAACGCGCCUAAAGGUUAUAUCUCGUUGACGGAUAGCGAUAGUGAGGGAGCUGCACUGCCUGUCAGGAAACCAGCCAACCAGCCGAUCACACUCGACGUCGGUAAUGACUUGUAUGGAGCCCUGGCCCCUCAGCGAGCUCCAUCCCCGGAAGUCGACGAUGGCCUUCAAUUCUCAGAUGAGGAGUUUCCCGAGUUGAUCCUUCGGGCAAGGGAACGCGAACGGCAAAAGCAGCAACAGAAGAUGAAGAAUGCAAACACGUUUAGCGAUCAAAAUCACAGCGUGAAAGGAAGUGAAAUCCUAGACAACAUCUUCGACUCGGGAACCACAACACCAGUUGAUACGGACCCUACCAUCGAGAUCUUAAUCACAUCAAAAAUGGAAGGCACCAAGCCUUUGAAAGUCAGGAGGAAACUAUCUCAACGUUUGAAGGAGGUUAGGUUAAGCUGGUGUGAUAAGCAGACUAUUGAUGGACAACCCAUCGAUCAGGCAUACAAAGCGGCCAUGUUUCUGACCUGGAAAAGGAUUAAAUUAUAUGAUGUUACAACAUGUAGAUCAUUAGGUAUCAAGAUGGACGGACGGGGCAAAUUGUCAGGUGACAGAGACGGCGUUGAUGCUGAGGGGAGGAUUCAUUUAGAAGCUUGGACGGAGGAAGCAUGGGAAUACGAUCAGAAGAGAAGAGCUGCCAAGCAAAAAAGAGAGCAGGGUGGAAGUGACGAUGAAGCAGCUGCACCGAUGGCGAAGGACCUCGUGCCAAAAACCAAGGUUAUUAUGAAAGCUCGGGGCAUGGAGGACUUCAGGAUCACGGUGAAAGCGACCACGACGAUCCAGAAAAUGAUUGCGGCGUAUCGGAACGCAAGAGAGGUGCCGGAUGACAAGCGUAUUGCUGUCUAUUUUGAAGGCGAUGAGCUGGAACCUGCAAUAGCAAUCGGCCAGACGGAUUUGGAAGACAUGGAUCUUCUCGAGGUUCAUAUCGGUUGAUUUUGGGCCUUUGCCUUUGGUUUGCUGGGCUGGCGUUAUCGUUUGAUUAAGAUACCCGGUCAUGGUGGUGUAUCGUGGGAGUUUUUGGUGAUCUCAAAAUGUAUUGGCAUAUCAGAUACUUCAAUAGAAGUUUCUUAUUUCCACUGUAACUGAAAACCGGAGAAGGAAUAAUAAACCUGUGAGAUGGGAGCAGGAAGAGCUAGUCAGAGUUGUUCACGACAGAGCUCAACCGUCUUCCGGCAAGUGGUAAACACGUCUGAAGGCUCGUCGAUAUUGUCGAGGGCAGAUCGCAUAUGAGUGUCCAAAGCAUAUGAAGACUUCAAGAAAAAGACUUUCCUGUCUCCGCGGUCCAACAAUCCGGCAACUGCCGACUCGGGGAACCUCUC